GGAAACCCUACUUAGACCGUGCAGUGGCGAGUAGAGCCGGUGGAAAUGCGCCAAUUGAUGCCUUAGUUUCAGGAGCCUUAGUUGCCUUAAUUUCAGAUAAGGUAUAAAUUCGCCCUCUGGGAAGGGACGUACCUGGAAGAAGAUCAAUGAGCCAGUCACAGGGGCAAUGUUGUGGUGGGGAGGUAACCCAGGUCUUAUUGAAAACCUCCUUUAAAUCCAUUUAUUCCUUGAGAAAGUCGGAUAGGUCUGUAAACUAAGAGGUUACUGGCACAACAGGGGCAGCUAACAAGACAGUCUUCAAACAGACAACAUGCCAACAAGCAUUCCAUUGAAUAAUUGUUCCUGAAGCCCAAUCUAUGUGUGUCUUCUAAACCAAGGGUAACCUAAUAUAACAGGUUCUUUUGGUGCGUUAAUCAAGUGGAAAGAGAGCGUCUCGGUGUGAUUACCUGAUAUAAUUUAAAGAGAAGCUGAUCGAUGUGUAACCCUGCAGAGUGGGCAAUCAUCUAAAGUUGUUGCAUGGAUCUUCAGAGCCACUCGACCAAGACCCAAAUGAGCUGGUCAGUGAAUACCUGUGCAAACAAGCUGAGCAUGUAUCAAAGCUUGUCUUUCAUUAUAGUUCAUUGUAGAAUGCAUUGAAGAGAGGAGAAGUUCCAGUUAUUCUCAGCUGCUAUGGUGUGAACUUCAAUGGAAUAAGUGGACACUGACUUCCUUUCCAGAGUCAGUCCUCGAGCAACCUCUCUUUUAGGAAUGAUGUGAUCAAAAAUCCUAUGCAGCUCAUCAUAGAAUUUCUUUACAGAUGAGAACUCUGCAGUUCCCUUGUCUUUAGCUCUGCCUGUCAGAAACAAUACACAUGUAUUGUGUAUUGUGACUGCUCGGUAGGGGAAUAAGAAGGUUGCAGUCCAAAGGCAAGGGAACGCUGCUCGAAGAAUGGCCGGCAGGAACCAGGAGCACCAGAAUAGUAUUGAUGAUGUUCUUGAACAGAACACAUGCUUCUCUCAUGACGCCAUCUCCCACAGACCCCUGGUCUGUUUAUUGUGGCAUUGCAGAGCGGUGGCUUGUGCUCCCAGCUCAUUAUGGAGUGACUCUGUGUCAGCUGGGUUCAUUUUGGCCAGGUUGUCCUGUGACUUGUGCUGGUAAACGGCAAACAGGUCGGUAUAGGCAGAUCAGAUAAGAUAAACUAAGAUAAUGCUGGCUAGCUUGGUGUAAACACAAGAUAAUCUGGCAGCAGUAAACUGAAAGUGAGCUGAUAUACACUAUAUGGACGAAAGUAUUCGGACAAAUGACCAUAACACCAACAUGGACUGUAAUGACGUUACACACUACUUUAAUAUGGAGUUGGUCCCCCUUUGCAGGCUCCACUCUUUGAGAAGGCUUUCCACAGAAGUCUGGAGUGUUUCUAUGGGAAUGCACUGAUGUUGCAUGAGAAGGUGUGGCUCUGUUAUGCCACUGACGAUGUCAGGGGAUGAUUGUGGUGUUAAAAGGCAUGACAGUGGACAGUUAGCAGCUCAGCUCAUUUGUGUUUGUCAGUGAGGGUGGGUUGAUUACUGGGUAAGUUCCUGUGACUGUGUUUUCUCUUGUUGUGGAUGUGUUUUUAAUUAGUUGUGUCUGUUUUAAUAAUUUACAGCAAAGAUGAACUCAACAUUCUUACCAUUGUCGUACUUUAUUCUCGGGGGUUAUUUAAAUGAAGGAAAGUUGACAUAUUUUUAUUUCACCAUCACAAUUUCACUGUACAUCCUGAUUGUUUUUUCCAACAUGUGUGUGAUUGUAGUUAUUUGUAUGAACAGAAGUCUCCAUGAACCUAUGUACCUGUUUCUGUGCAGCCUGUUUGUAAAUGAACUGUACGGUAGUACAGGAUUGUUUCCAUUACUGCUGAUCCACAUUCUCUCUGAUGUUCACACUGUUUCUGUUCCUCUCUGUUUCCUGCAGAUUUUCUGUGUUUACACUUAUGGAAGUGUUGAGUUUUUAAACUUAGCUGUAAUGUCGUACGACAGGUACCUCGCCAUCUGCUGCCCUCUGCAAUAUAACACACGUAUGACGACUCACAGGGCGUUGGUCUUCAUUUUCAUUGUGUGGAUUUACUCUUUUGUGAAGUUUUUAAUCACAUUGUCUUUAAACCUGCGUCUGACGCUGUGUGGAAACAUCAUAGACAGUUUGUAUUGUCAUAACUACCUGGUUGUUAAGUUGGCGUGCUCUGACACCACCGUAAACAACAUCUAUGGACUAUUUGGUAUCAUUAUCACUAUUGUAGUUCCUCUCGUUCCCAUCCUCUUUUCCUAUUUGAGGAUUUUAAAAGUCUGUUUCUCUGGUUGUAGAAAGACGAGACAGAAAGCUCUCAGCACCUGCGCACCUCACCUGGCUUCACUGCUCAACUUCUCCUUUGGUUGUAUGUUUGAGAUUCUUCGGAGUAGGUUUGAUAUGAGUGCUGUACCCAGAGUCGUGCGUAGCAUGCUGUCUCUGUAUUUCCUCAUCAUUCAGCCACUGCUGAAUCCAGUAAUGUUUGGAUUGCAAAUGACCAAAAUACGAAAUGCCUGUAUACAUGUCCUCAGCUGUAAGACAUUGGCUGGUCACAGUGGAAACUUGGGUAUUUAAUUAUUUCACUGAACUAAAUAGUAAGAAUGUGAUCUCAGUGAAAAUGUGUUUUUCAUGUGCAUGUUACAGACAUCAGAUUGUCAAACAUUUGUACUACUACUAUUAAUUAUCUGUCUGUCCGUCCGUCUAAACUUUAUUUCCUACUCCAUCACAGAUAAAUUGUGAUAACAGCACUGCUGCACUUUUAUUUAACUGAUUAUUUUGAAUGGCCUCCACUGCUAACAUAGCGCACACUUAGUCAAGCUUGCUUAAGUGCAGCUACUGUUGUUCUAGUUCCCAUUUUUCUUUGAUAUUGUCAGUGCUGUGUGUGUGUCAUCAGUCACUUUUGUAUACGUGUAAAACAUAUUUUGUUGUGUGCAAACCUUUUUCUUUAAUAUUUAUAAAGUAGUUUUUUACUGAUCAGUUCUCUAUUUUUCUAGUCUGUAAUACAAUGUCUUAUCUGGAGAUACAUAUACGUGUUACAUAUAAAUGUUUAUUUAAAGACAUUCUGCUCUGAGUUAUAUUUUAUUUCAC